AUGCUUCAUGAACUGGGCCAUGGCAUCCACGACCUGGUGUCCAAGACUCAGUACUCCCUUUUCCACGGUCCAGAAGGCGUACCAGUUGACUUUGGCGAGAUGCCAAGCCAGAUGCUCGAGUAUUGGUGCUGGACACCGUCCCAGAUCAAGUCUCUCAGCUUCCACUACUCAUACAUGCUUGCUUUGUGGAAGCAACAAAAUGAAGGCAAGGUGCAGCCUGAGCUCCAAAUGCCAGACGAGCUUAUUGAGGCACUGAUAAAGGCUAACCGGUUCAUAUUUGGACCGCUAUUCCAACUUGAUCAGCUUCAUCGUGCCUAUUUCGAUAUGGCCAUCCAUCAGCUCUGUAGUGAUGACGAGGCGGAAUCCGUGGAUCUUACAGUGCUAUGGAACAAAUCGCGGAAAGAAAUUGGACUUAUUGAUGGACAGGAGGAUUACACACAAGGUCAUGGAUACACUACAUUCAUACGCCUAAUGAUGAAUGACUAUACUGCUGGCUAUUACGCCUAUCUUUACUCCAAGGUGUACGCUGCGGAUUUAUUUUACAGCGAAUUCCAGAACAAUAUUCUGGACACAGAGAGAGUGCAGCGUUAUCGCAAAUGCGUGCUUGAAAGUGGUGGAAGUAGAGAUGGCUUUCAGAAUCUAGUCGACUUUCUCGGCCGCGAGCCAUCAGUAGAUGCAUUUUACAAUAGUCUACUAGAUUUGCUUUUUGGGGGGAAAGUGACUCCAGAAUCUUGA